GUGACCUAGUUGACAGGCUCUGAGGUGCUGCUGUGGUGGCGGUCGCGGGGCUGAGGCGGGUGGGAGCCGGAACCGAGUGCGUGCUGAGGGAGGAGGGCGGCGACUGGAGAGCGACGAGCGGCGCGGGACCCGGAGCCUCUUCCACUUUUUCCUUCCCGAGCGCCCCCUCCCACCCCUCCUGCUCCGCAUACACCCUGUUUGCCCGUGAGCCUGGGGAACUUGCAGCUUAAAGCCAGCCACCCCCACAGCAACAUGUACCCCAGCAACAAGAAGAAAAAGGUGUGGAGAGAGGAGAAAGAACGUUUGCUGAAGAUGACCGUAGAGGAGAGACGCAAAGAAUACCUAAGGGACUAUGUUCCCUUGAACACCAUCCCAUCAUGGAAAGAGGAGAUGAAGGGCAAGAGCCAAAAUGAUGAAGAAAAUACUCAGGAAACAUCACAGGUGAAGAAAAGUUUGAGUGAAGAAGUUGCUCUCUAUAGAGGUGACAUCACAUUGCUAGAGGUAGAUGCUAUAGUCAAUGCUGCAAAUGCCAGUCUUCUUGGAGGUGGAGGUGUGGAUGGCUGUAUUCACAGAGCAGCUGGCCCCUGUUUGCUCGCUGAAUGUCGCAACCUGAACGGCUGUGAAACUGGACAUGCAAAAAUCACAUGUGGCUAUGACCUGCCUGCAAAAUAUGUCAUCCAUACCGUAGGACCAAUAGCCAGAGGCCAUAUUAAUGGUUCCCACAAGGAAGACCUUGCAAAUUGCUAUAAAUCAUCUCUGAAACUGGUGAAAGAAAAUAACAUCCGAUCAGUUGCAUUUCCCUGCAUCUCAACAGGCAUUUAUGGUUUUCCAAACGAGCCUGCUGCCAUCAUUGCCCUCAGCACCAUUAAAGAAUGGCUGGCCAAGAAUCAGCACCAGGUGGAUCGGAUCAUCUUCUGUGUCUUCCUAGAAGUCGACUUCAAAAUCUACAAAAAGAAAAUGAGCGAGUUUUUCCCUGCAGAUGAUAAUAAUGAAGAAGAAGACAUUGACAUGAAAGAAGAUUCAGAGGGGUUAGAGCCAAAAGACCGCUCUCCACCCCACAAGAAGAGCAAAGCAAAGAAGCCAGAAGGCUCCAAAGACUCUAGCGAGGAUGAGAACGGUCCACAGGGAAAGCCAAGUGCCAAAGAAAUGGAAGGGCAGAGCCAAGAAACAGGUGGUGCCAGUGCUGCCACCAUGCCCAGCCCUUCUUCAGAAGAGGCAGCUGAAGUCUGUAAAGAUGAAGAUUCUGCAAAGAAUGACAAUAUUACAAAAGAAAAUGAAGUAACAGAUCAUUCUGUAUGUGGCCAAGAUCAUCCCAAUGGACAACAGAAUGAUUCAAUGAAGAAUGAAAUAAAAAUUGAGGCAGAGUCCCAGAGCUCAUAUAUGGAAACAGAAGAGCUUUCAUCGAACCAAGAAGAUACCACGAUCGUGGAGCAGCAAGAAGUGAUUCCACUAACAGAUGACCAAGAAGAAGAAGGUGAAAAAGCUCAAGGCAAGGACACACCUAGAGUUCCCGUGAAAAGCGAAGGCUCUGGUGACACAGAACAUUCUACAAGUCCUGAUGUUGAAAUGAAUAAUCAGGUUGACAGUGUAAAUGACCCAACAGAGAGUCAGCAAGAAGAUUAACUAAUAAUAGGGGCACAAGAUGAAGCAAAGGAACAAAGAAAUGGAAGUAAAUGACAGUCCUCAGCAUUGCAGGCCUCCCGGCCCUGGG